AUGACGGUCAUGCAGAUUUUUUCCGUGACCGGCUGUGAUGUCAUAGGACUUCAGGAGACCCGACGAGAGGGGCAAGGUUCAAUUGCGCACGACGGAUACGUGAUCAUCUGGAGUGGCGCCCGUGCUGGCACCAAGGAUAAGAGGGGCGUACACGGUGUGGGCAUAGAGAUCAAGAAGGCUAUGUGGGAGAGUGUGGGCGAGGAAGGUAGAACGGUGGAGUGCAUUUGCCCGAGGCUGAUGAACGUGCGCCUACAAAUUGGCCGCACCUGCGGAGAAGCUUUCGUGGUGGGGUACGCCCCCACGGAAACUCUCCGCACCACCGGGGGCGGUGAUGUUAACGCCAAGGACUCCUUCUGGACUGCUAUCGACGCAGCGAUCCGGGUGGUUCACAGCCGUGACCAUCUCGUGGUGCUAAUGGACGCCAACGCACGCACCGGUAGGAGGCGAGACGGGUGCUGCGAUGCCAAAAUUAUGGGCGCCGGAAGCUGCCGGAUCCGUAUUGACCUCGAGCGGUUAACAAAGGACAAGCACCUAAGGGUCGCCUUCCACAACAGGGCCUCCAGCCGCCCUUUGCCCACGGCGCUCAGGCGGCCAACGGGAGAGACCGCCGCCGAGCUGACGGCUACGGUGAUGUCGGCCGCUGCUGAGACCGCGCCGCUGGCGAGGAGCGCACGAGGGCAGAGAGGCUGGUACAGGAGCGAAGCGCAGCACGAGAUCUCCGAAGCGUCUAAAAGCGAUCAAGGCGGCCCAGCAGCGACUGCGUGGGGCCUCAAAGACCAGCGCCUUCGAGCCGACCUGAAGGCGAUGCUCAAGGCGGCGCGGAAGCAGCGCAGCAUCGCGGGGUGGACAGCACCGGAAACGUUUUUCGAGGGCUAUGUACGGCAGUUCGAGAAGAAGAGCCGCGAGGGGGAUCAGGCGGGUUUCUACAGGCACCUGAAGAUGAUCGACGUCGAAGGUAAGAGGUCGUUCACCUCUCAGAACAUCAAGGACGAGGACGGCAAGGUCCUUCGGGACCCCACGUUUAUUCGCCAACGGUGGGCACGGUGGUUCCACAAGCUUCUCAACACCAAGUCGCCGACCAU